AAAACCCAAGUGUCUCACAGCUCACAAUUGAUGUUGUGAGCCCUCACAUGCCCAACAUUGAUAUUAUAUAUCUCUCUCUCAUUCACUCUCUCUCUCUCUCAAUAAACGCAACCCAUUUCCCAGAGAGAGAGAGAGAGAGAGAGAGUGGUGUAGCCGGCGCAAGUGCCCGGGUUCGAGUCCUGAGAGCGAUCAUUUUGUGUCUCAGCCCUCUCUGGAUCGCAGGACUAGCACCGGGUAACGGCCCUUUUAGAGAGAUAGUGGUCUUUGAAGUAGAGAGAGAAUGGGUAUGUUAUGGUGGGUUUUGCUCUUGGGUUUUAGUUGGAAUGGAGGAGAGAGAAGAAUGGUGAUGGGAAAUAGUAAUAACAAGUGUGAAUUCCCUGCAAUUUUCAACUUUGGUGAUUCAAAUUCAGAUACCGGCGCCAUCUCUGCCUCCUUUUCCCAGGUUGCUCCACCUAAUGGUGAGACCUUCUUUGGCAAGCCCAUGGGGAGGGUUUGUGACGGCCGUCUGAUCGUUGAUUUCAUUGCUGAGACCUUGGGUUUGCCUUACUUGACCGCAUACUUGGACUCAUUGGGGAAUGGAUUUAGUCAUGGUGCGAAUUUCGCAACAGCUGGAUCAACAGUUCGACCUCAAAAUGUGACUUUGUUCCAAGGAGGGGUGAGCCCCUUCUCCUUAAACUAUCAAGUGUUGCAAUUCACACAAUUUAAGUCUAGAUCAAGCUUCCUUUACAUCAAAGAUAUAUGUCUGGAGGGGAGAUGCAUACGAAUAGGUGAGUCAGCCAACUCUUCUUCAUCUUCAUCUUCAGGGAAGACAAACGUUCCAAAGCCCGAGGAUUUUUCUAAGGCACUGUACACAUUUGACAUAGGCCAAAAUGACCUUGCUGCCGGAUUCCGAACAAUUUCCGACGAUGCGGUCCGAGCUUCAAUCCCCCAAAUCCUAGCCAGCAUCUCUCAAGCAAUCCAAGUUUUGUAUGGGGAAGGCGCAAGAACAUUUUGGAUACACAACACAGGUCCAAUUGGGUGCUUACCAUUUUCCGCUAUGUAUUAUCCUUUCAAACCCCGUAAUAUAGAUAAAUACGGCUGCGUUUAUACACAAAAUGAUGUGGCUCAAGAGUUCAACAGGCAACUCAAGUUAAUGGUGUCCCAGUUAAGGGAACAACUUCCUCAUGCUGAACUCACGUAUGUGGAUGUUUACUCUGCAAAAUUUAAUCUCAUCAGCCAUGCCAAGGAGGAAGGAUUUGUUGAUCCCUUGAAGUUCUGUUGUGGAUAUGGGAAGGACGGCUACAAUGCUUGGUGUGGAAGGUCAACAAAUGUGAAUGGGACUAUCGUUUAUGAUGUAUGUGAUAAGGCAUCAAUGUAUGUGAGUUGGGAUGGGAUUCACUACUCCGAAGCCGCAAACCGUUGGAUAGCAAACCACAUCUUCAAUGGUCAAUUAUCAGAACCCCCAUUGCCAUUGACUCAAGCUUGCCAUCGGCUUACGUGAAACCGUAACCCGUUAUUGUUGGGGUUUUAAUGGUUUUGAAGAGGAUACGUGUGUUUGGCCUCAACGACUCUAUAGUACCCACCUUAAAUAAUUAAUUGUUGUAAUAUCAAUUAUGUUAGUUAGCAAAGAUAUUUUAAUUUAUUAUUAUUUAUUUUUCC